AUGAACAAAGGUUACAAACUAGCAGUCAAUGAGUUUACAGACCUUACAAACCAAGAGUUCACAAGCAAAAGGAACCGAUUCAAGGCACACGAAUGUCAAUAUUCCCCAUCCAGUACUUCCGCUUUCAGGUAUGAAAAUGUCACAGAAGUUCCAUCAUCAAGGGAUUGGAGAAAGAAAGGUGCAGUAACACCCAUUAAAGACCAAGGCCAAUGUGGGUGUUGUUGGGCGUUUUCAGCUGUGGCAGCUAUGGAAGGAAUAACUCAAAUCAAAACAGGUAAAUUAGUUUCUUUAUCAGAACAAGAGGAGGCAUCUAAACAUGGUGCAACAAUUACGGGUUAUGAAGAUGUUCCUGCUAAUAGGGAAAGUUCACUGUUGAAAGCUGUAGUUAGUCAGCCGGUGUCUGUUGCCAUUGAUGCUAGUGGGUCCGACUUCCAGUUUUACUCUAGUGGUGUGUUUAAAGGAGAGUGUGGUACUGAACUUGACCAUGGUGUUACUGUAGUUGGUUAUGGAACAAGUGAUGAUGGAACUAAGUAUUGGUUGGUGAAGAAUUCAUGGGGAACGAGUUGGGGUCUAGAGGGGUAUGCAAUGAUGCAAAUUAAGAGAUGUUGA